CUUGAUCCAACGGAUCGCCCGCCAGGCUUGCCUCACCUUCCGGGGCAGCGGGGGCGGCCGCGGCGCUUCCGAUCGCGACGCGGCUUCUGGCCCGGAGGCGCCGAUGCAGCCGGGCUUCCCCGAGAACCUGAGCAAGCUGAAGAGCCUCCUGACCCAGCUCCGCGCCGAGGACUUGAACAUCGCCCCGCGCAAGGCCACACUGCAGCCGCUGCCGCCCAACCUGCCGCCAGUCACCUACAUGCACAUCUACGAGACGGACGGCUUCAGCCUGGGCGUGUUCCUGCUCAAGAGCGGCACGUCCAUCCCGCUGCACGACCACCCGGGCAUGCACGGCAUGCUCAAGGUGCUAUACGGCACCGUGCGCAUCAGCUGCAUGGACAAGCUAGACGCGGGCGGCGGGCAACGGCCGCGGGCCUUGCCGCCCGAGCAGCAGUUCGAGCCGCCGCUGCAGCCCCGGGAGCGAGAAGCCGUGCGGCCGGGCGUGCUGCGUUCGCGGGCCGAGUACACCGAGGCCAGCGGCCCCUGCAUCCUCACACCGCACCGGGACAACCUGCACCAGAUCGACGCCGUGGAAGGGCCUGCCGCCUUCCUGGACAUCCUGGCCCCGCCCUACGACCCGGACGAUGGCCGGGACUGCCACUAUUACCGGGUGCUGGAGCCGGUCAGGCCCAAGGAGGCCUCCAGCUCGGCCUGUGACCUGCCUCGAGAGGUGUGGCUCCUGGAGACCCCACAGGCCGAUGACUUCUGGUGCGAGGGAGAACCCUAUCCAGGUCCCAAGGUCUUCCCUUGAAGCCACCGGCGCCCAGGAGCGGUGGGCCGAAGACGUGCCCUACCCUACCACAAGGGCUUGUGUCUCUACCCCCUAGCCUGGGCGUUGGAUCUACUGGAAUGAGCAGCAGCCGCUUCCUCGGCAGCCUUGGGAAGCACGGGCGACUGGACAGCAGCCGCCGGGCACGGUUAUGGGGGCGGGGUGGGCGGGGAGGCUAGAUUGUUUCCUGGUACUGUCACUGCCACUGGGGCUUUGAUUUGGAGGAAUGGGGCAGGGGACUAUCUGAAGCGCUUCCAUCCUAAAGCCAUAAUGAAAAUAUCUUUCUCUCUUCCCCAUUCUAUACAAAAUACUAAGUGGUUUUCUUGCUCCCACUCCCUACCCCUUAGUUAAAUAGGGUUUAUUUUCCACUCAUGCCCUUAUGCCUUUUUUUCUUAUAGUUUUUUAACUUAUUGACUGUGCAUGACCCAGUGGUUUGAAUUGUUUUUAGUUCAAGUCAUUGGUAAAAACUAGGUUUAAGGAGAUGAGCUACUGUUUAAAGUGAGCUGGCCUGCCUAAUUAAUUCCUUGUGAAAACUAAAUGAUUUUUUCAGUUUGGGGAUCAUUCUCACAACAUAACUAUGCAUGUAGAGGACAAGAUUUAUUUUCUUUCCUCCCUUUGCCCAGUAGCCACAUCUGGUUUACUCAGGCAGCAUCUACUAAGAAAUUCAGCACCUGCAUAUCUCUGUGACAUGGUCACUUAGAGCUUAUCUUCCCUAUGAAUCUCCAGAUCUGUGAGUUGAGCAGAUUUCAUGUUGCAGAUUCACCUUUAAUGCAAAGACUGUAUUAUCCUCACAUGACUUUUUUUCUUGUCUUACUGUACCUUAAAAGGUGAUAGAGUAAUUCUGUAUUUUCUAACAGGAAGAUUCAAAGGAGCUGAAUGUGUUAUGCUUCCAAACAACUGAAUGUAAAACACUCCUAGCCAGCUGUUGCAUUCCCUAUAUUUAUUUACUUCCAAUAUUUUACUGUAAAAGUAGGGAGAAAUAUUAUGUUGAUAGCUGUUUCAUAUUCUCUCAGGAACUUUAAUGUUCCCGACUCGGGUGAUUCCAGCUGUGUUGCUGGCAGUGUUGUCUCAACCCUCUCCCUAAAAUGACUGAGCGCUGGGUUCAUCUAAUGUGGUUUUCUGUAGGAAGAGAUAGAAGGCACAGAAGAUCACAGCUAGAGAAUUGAGAAUUAACUAUACUACUAGCCAUUUUAGGGCACCAAAACUUGGGAUUAAACACUUCCUACUUCCCACUCCCAACUCCUGAAAUGAAGUCUUGCUAUCUGUGACUAGUUUUAUUUUUGUGCUUUUAAUAGUCCGAGCAGUCUUACCUUGUUUACACAUGUAUUGACACCAUUUGCUUCAGGCCAUGGAGCACUGUUUCUCCCUUUUUACUAUUUAUAGGAUUCCUUUUUUUCACAAGACUUUUAAUAAAAACAAAUUGUAGGAAUAAACACAUUAAAAUUUG